CCUGUCACUUUACUUCCGGUAUCACCGUGCGGUCUUGUGGGAGUAAGGAGAAGCUCGGCGCGAUUAUGGCAGACUUCUCGGAGAGGUCAGUGCAGGCGGCCGUCGUCGUGUCCUUCCUGGCGGGCUUCGCGGCCGGCUGGCAGGCCCACCGGAUGCGCAGGAAGUUUCUGGACUGGCGGAAGAAGAGGCUACAAGACAAACUGACAGAGACGCAGAAGAAACUUGACUUGGCCUGAACGAACUCAACAUUAGGCCUAGGACUGUGUGCUGCCCUACAAUGGUUGGAUGCUGAAUGUUCCUCGUUGGCCACCGUAGGAGGAGGAAGAAGAGCGGGAAUAUCUGCCAAUCAAUCCUGAACAAAACCUGUAGAACACUAACAUGGAAACUCAAGUGGUUGUCUCACUUUUCCAUGUCAAACAUGGUCAAAUAAUUGUCUUCUAAGGAUGACCAGGAUUCACAGCACUGAGUAUUAACAAUAAUGUCUAUGGUCAUGUAAAUAUUACACAAUUAAUACCAACAAAAACGUGUACUUUGAAUAAAAUAUACUGUUAAUAAAUA